AUGCACCAUGAAUUCAAGUAUAGUGUACCGUCUUUAUAUGCCGACUUAGUUGUUUGUGAAGUUGUGGAAGCAGCUGGGGUCAAAGGAGGACAUAUUAACUCGUAUGGUAGGGCAGUGUGGGGCGUCCACUGCAAGGUCUCGCACUGGGACGGCACCGCGAAAAACUCAGAGGGCAUAUCCUGCGGAUUCCUGAACAAUUCAGAGAAUUAG